AUGUCUUCCUUCGAAUCUUUAAUAGCGGAUGCCGUCGCCAAUGGCGAAAUCCCUGGCUGUGCCCUCGUAGCCACGAACCGGGAUGGCACGUUCGAGUACGCAAAGACCUUUGGCAAGACGUCGAUGAAAGAUGAAUCUGCAAAGGCCUUCCAACAAGACACUGUCAUGUGGGUUGCUUCGUGUACUAAGCUCAUGACAUCCAUCUGUUGUAUGCAGCUGGUUGAACGAGGGCAAGUCGGUCUGGAUGACCCAGUAUACACUCACAUCCCCGAACUCAAAGACUUUCCUAUCCUCACCGGCUUCAGGGAGGAUGGGUCUCCCAUUGAGGAGAAGCACACCAAGCCGAUUACUCUGAGACUACUGUUGACGCACGCGAGUGGCCUGGGGUAUGAUGCUCUGCACCCCCUGCUCAUGGCGUGGCUCAAACAUCACAAUCGCGUAACGGGAACAAGCGGGAAGUUACUCUCACGUUUCGAUGCGCCGCUUGUUUUUCAACCGGGCGAAAGCUGGAUGUACGGAUCAAGUCUCGAUUACGCGGGUUUACUAGUCGAACGUGUGACAGGCCAGACGCUCGAGGAGUACAUGAAGACCAAUCUCUGGGAACCGCUGGGAAUCAAGGAUAUGACGUUCCGGCUUUCUUCGCGCCCAGAUAUGAAGGAGAGGAUGGCGGAUAUGAGUUUGCGCGACGAAACGGGGAGGUUGAGAUGGACGGGCUCGAAAAUGCCGUAUCACGACGAAGCUCAUGAAGAGGUGGUGGAAUGUAUGGGAGGACAGGGCAUAUUUACAACGGCAGAGGAAUAUGUGAAGAUCUUGAAAGCGGUACUUACCACAGACCAAAACGAGAAAAUCUUGAAACAAGAUACGGUGAAGGAGCUUUUCAAGCCGCAGUUGGGCAAAGGAAGUCAGGGGAUGUUGAAUGGGAUGUUAAAGGAUGAAACGAUGAACAACGCGAUGGGUGGCACACCGCAGUCCAUCGUGAAGGACUGGGGUCUCGGCGGUAUUCUCCUCACCUCAGAUUCUGAGGAAGGCAUGGCAGCGGGAAGUAUGAUUUGGGGUGGAUUACCGAAUCUGGUAUGGUGGGUCGACCUUAAAACCGGACUUUGCGGCUUAUACGCAGGCCAAGUCCUUCCGCCCGGUGACGCGAAAUGUGCGGCGUUGACCAGGAAGUUCCAGGAGGGAAUAUAUGAGAUGUACAAGCAGAGGAAUACAAGCCCCCGACUGUGA